AUGGCUUCCACCACCAACGUCCUCAUCUCCGGUGCCAGCGAGGCUUUCGUCGAACAGUAUCUCGCCCGGCCAAACUACACUGUCAUCGGUACGGUCCGCGACGUCAAGAGCGCUGCCGCUGAGGAGCUGCGAGCGCUGCCCGCGGCUGAGGGCAGCAAGGUCGUACUGGUCAAGGUUGAGUACACCUCGACUACUGACGCCGUGGACGCUGUCAAGGAGCUCGAGGCACAGGGUAUCACCAAGCUCGAUAUCGUCAUCGCCAACGCCGGCAUCGCUGGCCAGCAAGGGCGUAUUGAGACCAUCGACCCCAAGGGCCUCGCAGAGGUCUACCUGGUCAAUGCCGUUGGCCCGGCCGUGCUCUUCCUGGCGCUGAAGCCGCUUCUCGACAGGGCCGAGACGCCCAGGUGGUUAGCCAUAAGCUCCGGUCUCGCGUCGCUCCACGACCUGCACAAGUACCCCAUGUUCCCGGGGUUCCCGUACAACGGGUCCAAGGCGGCGUUGAACCACUUCACCAAGACCAUCCACGUUGAAAGUCCUAAGAUUAUCGCCUUUGCCGUUGCUCCUGGGUUCUUUGAGACCGACAUGGGACGCAAGACUGCCGCAUUUUUCGACUUUGAGAACCCGCCCUUUUCGGACAUCCACACGAACAUUAAGAGCAUUAUCGGGCUGGUGGAUAAUGCGACUCGGGAGAAUUAUUCUGGGCAGUUUCUCAAUUUCGAUGGACAGCUCAUUGAGUGGUGA